UUUGUUUUUAAAAGUCGAAGAAAAAUGUCGCAACUCGCAAAAAAUGGAUUAAAUGUUGGAAGAACGAUUUUUACGAGGAGUCAAAGAGCUCAAUUCAGCUCCAAUGGACUGAAAGUUUUGCAUUUUCCUGAAGAAAAGGAGUUUGCGGUGACCAUUGAUGCUCAAAAAGCGUUUUUAAGUUAUAGCAGACAAGGAGAUUUGAUGGAGUUGGAACACACAGAGGUGCCGGAAGUGUUUCGGGGAAAGGGAGUUGGAAAGUUGUUGGCUCAGGAAGCAUUUGAAUUUGUGGCGAAAAAUGAUCUGAAGAUGAAAAUUCAUUGCGAUUAUGCGGAAAAAGUUUUUAAUGAUAAUAAAGCCAAAUACGGGAAAUAUCUUCAGAAAUGAGGAAUUUUUAAUGAAAAGUUGUUAUUUUAGAUAAAAUAGAUGGUUUUUUGAUGAAAUUUUAUAUUAAGCGAUAGUUCUUAGAUAUUUCU